GUAAACAGUGACCAAGAACACAAUACAUUGUUUUUAAUAGAUAUACGUUUAUUAACGACAUGGAACUCAAAAUUUGACUAAUUUAACUGCCCCGCAACACAUAACUUACCCCAUGUAGUCGUUCAUUUGCGUUGGAGACAGGACUUGGUUGAUAGGCGUUAUUUAGGUAAGGCUAGCUACUUUACCUGCUAACAAUGGCUAACUGUAUGGUUUUUCACACUCAAAUAGCCUCCAUUAUGGAGGUUCUAGCGAAUGCAGCCGUGGCAGAUAUCUGUAAACUCGUAGACGACGACUAUGCAGUGUUUCGUUUGGAAAUAACUCAAAGCCAGAAAGAAAACAGAGGAUUACGGAGGAAACUACAGCUACUGGAACUGAAGAUGGCACGGGAGCGCGCAGAGAGGACAACGAGAGAGCGCGUCCUCGCCAGUCGUCCCAGUAGUGUCAAGAUCCUCGACCGAUACAGAGGAAUGGCAAGAGGACAACUCACUGGAGGCCACAGGAGUUUUGUGAAGCCAGCCGGACACAACGUGUGGAGAGAUGACCAACCCAUAGCUAUAGAUGAGGGGAGUGGAACCUCAACCCAGCAUGUUAUCGUGAUAGAGUCUGCAUAUGCAGAGGCUGCAGGUCCUGGGGUCAAGCAGGAGAGGUCUGAAGGAGAGGAGGACCCACAGCACAGCAGAGACAUCAAGACUGGAGCAGUGGCUGGAGCAGCGCCCCCUGUAGUUAGGAAAGACCUUGCCGCCGCACCCCAGGCCAGUACCAGACGCAGCAUCACAGAGGAGGAGGAGGGUCCAGAGAUGCUGCUGGUGAAGGAGGAGGGGUGUGAGGAGGGUCUGAGGACACCUGAGGGGACCAUGGUCAUGGAGGACAACCAGACAACACCUCCUCCUGAACCCACAGAGGAACCAGCUGAGCAGCAACGGACCACACACAGUCUCACUGAGUCAGUGGACAUGGAGGAUGGGAAGCCUGAUCUGCUGCUGGUCAAAGAGGAGACCAUAGAAGAUGAACCAGAGAGCAUUGACCUGCUGAGUGGACUAAAGAUGGGGGAGCAAGGUGGUUGGGUGGACGCUAAAAGUGGAGACUGGGCGGCCAUCUUGGAUUCCCAGACCGGUGCAGCCAAGAGCUCAGGGGACAACAUCAAUGAGCAGGGCAGGACCAGAGGUGACAUAGUGGAAUCCAGUGGAUGGUACAGCGUCCUCAACUCUGGGCUGGGGAACAACACUGUUAACCACAACCAGAAACAGACAGUCGAACACAAAACAACAACCAAACUUAGUCUCCAUGACAACAGACUGGCUGAGACCAGGACGAGGCGUAGAUUUUGUCAGUGGGGACGGGGAGGUAUUGGUAUGCGGCAGGACAGAACAGACACAGACUCGGCUAGCGAUGCUCCGUCCUGCUCCUAUAGUUGUGAUUCAGAGAGACUGAUGGUGCCUCAGCUUAACCCCCUGACAGUUGCUGCCUUCAGCCUGCCUUCUAUAGGAUCUAUCAACUGGAACAUGGACUCUGCGACAACACAGACUCUCCCUGGCCUUCAUCCUCCUCACACUCCCCUAAUGUUAAACCAGACCUCAGACAAUGCCAGUGGCUCAACACUAAAUGGCUAUACAAGACCAUUGACAAAUGACAGUAGUGGUAACGGUGUCAGUAGAUCCAGUGGCAAAGAGAAGCGCUUUCCGUGUCCAUUCUGUGGGAUAGCCUUCAGUUUCCCCAAACAGGUGGAGAUCCACCAGAGGAUGCACACAAAACCGUUUGGCUGCCACCUGUGCAGGGCCAGUUUCUCUGACUCGUCCAACCUGAAGAGACACCAGAGAGUCCACACAGGGGAGAAACCGUACAGCUGCCCACAGUGUGAGAAGAGAUUCUCCCACCGACACCAUCUGAAGAAUCACCUGAAGGUCCACAUGGGAGAGAGGCCGUAGGCACUGCGGGAAGGGGUUCUCAGAGAGGAGCUACCUCAGGAUACACCAACAGAAAAUGAACAUCACCCAUGUAUAGAGUAUAGUGACAUGUAAUGUAGUACUAGUUUGUUUGUAUUUAAUUCUGAUGAUUUUGGAUGUAUUAGGGAACUGGAUGAAGUGAACUGAGGAAAUAAUGAGUGAUGAGGCAGAGUAGUGAAGAUGAACCUUUUACAGAGUAUUCUAAAAUGUAUUUUAUCAAAGCGAGGGUACCAGAUGUACAGAAAAGAUAUCGUGAUAACAGUGAGGAGUUAUUCUACUUGUCAUAGAUCGUUUUUUCAAGUAGGGAAGAGUAGAGUAAGUUUAACCAUGUUUUACAUUCAGCAUCACUCUGUCAAGGCAAAUAUAGUAUUCUUUCUAACAAAUAUCUACAUAUACACUGAAGAAAAAUAGAAAUGCAACAUGUGAAAGUGUUGUACCCACGUUUCAUGAGUUGAAAUAAAACAUGUUUCAGGGGACGCAUGACUUGACUGUCUCCUCUCCCGUGCCCGUUGGGGAGUUGCAGCGAUGAGACAAGAUCGUAAUUGAAAUUGAGAGAUAAAGGGGGUAAAAAUAAAUAAAAAAUACACAUGUGCAACUUGUGCUGGGGGCAAUAAAAGGCCACUCUAAAAUGUGCAGUUUUGUCACACAACACAAUGCCACAGAUGUCUCAAUUUUUUAGGGAGCGUGUAAUUGGCAUGCUGACUGCAGGAAUGUCUACCAGAGCUGUUGCCAUUGAAUGUUAAUUUCUCUACCGUAGCUGCCUCUGUUUUUGUGAAUUUGGCAGAAUGUCCAACCGGCCUCGCAACCGCAGACCACGUGUACAGCGUCCUCUGGGCAAGCGGUUUCUAAUGUCAAUGUUGUGAACAGAGUGCCCCAUGGUGGCGGUGGGGUUAUGGUAUGAGUAGGCAUAAGCUACGGACAACAACACAAUUGCAUUUUAUUGAUGGCAAUUUGAAUACAAAGAGAUACCGUGAAGGUAUCUGUGACCAAACAUCUGUAUUUCCUGUCAUGUGAAAUCCAUAGAUUAGGGCCUAAUGAAUUUUUCAAUUGACUGAUUUCCUUAUAUGAACUGUAACUUUAUGAAAUUGUUCCAUGUUGCAUUUAUAUUUUUGUUCAGUAUAUUUCAGGAUGUUGUGUGUCCCUGGAAAUAAUCUGAAUUUAUUUAAACAUGACAUUUUUGAAAACAUAUCUUGUCGAAAAAAAAGUGGUCUCUUGGCACAACUUAUAGUGCCUUGCAAAAGUAUUCAUCCCCCUUGGCAUUUUUCCUAUUUUGUUGCAUUACAACCUGUAAUUUAAAUGGAUUUUUAUUUGGAUUUCAUGUAAUGGACAUACACAACAGUCCAAAUUGGUGAAGUGAAAUGAAAAAAAUACCUUGUUUCAAAAAAUAUUGAUAUUUUUAAAUACGGACAAGUGGCGAGUGUAUAUAUAUUCAUCCCCUUUGCUAUGAAGCCCCUAAACAAGAUCUGGUGCAACCAAUUACAUUCAGAAGUCACAUAAUUAGUUAAAUAAAGAAUACCUGUGUGCAA